AUGAGCACGAGCGAGAAGUUACACUUUCCCGUGGAAUCGCUCAACACCUUGACCCGGCAUCCUCACCCCUCACCUGAUCGGCAGAAGCACGCAAAGGUGUCCGACUUAUCAAAAACGGGAAUGGGUCUUUUAGAAACAGUCAAAGGGCGAUGGAAGCAGCAGGACAAGGUGGCGCCAAGUACCGUCAAGCCCCAGAACUGUCACAGAAUUGUGGUGCUGGGUGCGCCCGGGGUGGGAAAGACCAACAUGGUUCGGCGCUUCUUGGGGGAGGAAUUCCAAGAGGAGUACGAGGCCACUACAGAGGACUUCCACAGGAAGCUGUUCCAUGUCGGAGGCGAAAUGUACCAGGUGGACCUCCUGGAUGCUGCCAGGGAGAGAAACUUCCCAGCAAAGCGGAGACUGUCCAUACUCACUGGUGACAUUUUUCUUCUCGUCUUCAGUUUGGACGACAAAGAAUCUUUCAGUGAGGUCCGUGAGCUGCUCAGUGAAAUCAGACACGCUAAAAGCAAGUUGGUCAAGUCCAAACGUAAGGUGCGAUUGCCAGUAGUCGUCUGCGGCAACAAAUCAGACCUGGACUCUCAGAGAGUCAUCAGCCGGUCCGACAUCACCGCGGCACUAACCCGGGAAGUCGCCUUCUUCGAAACCUCGGCUAAGCGUGGCACUUCACUGGAGGCCGUGUUCCGAGAGCUGGCAACCAUAGGCGGGCUUCCGGAUGAGACCGGGCCAUCGCAGCACAGGCUGGUCUCCAUGUUAACCUAUCAGUCGCUGUGCCGGCACGGGGCCACACCCUGCGCCACCGUGGACCCUCUGGCACGACGGCCCAGUUUUGGCAGUGAUCUGCGACUGGUGCUUGGAUCAAGCACCAAAUCUAAACCCGAGAGGUGUCAGAUUCAAUGA